AUGAUGAAGCCAACAGUAUCACAAGACGGUGACUCCACCGACGCCUCCUCACCCGUUGACGACCCUUCCAUCUCUCAAGUCUUUGGUGAUCCUAUUCUUGACUUACACCUGACGUUAUGGGACAUCUUCGAAAGCGCUGCAGCUUCUAAGCCCGAUGGAGACGCCAUUGUUUCGCUGUGGCAGCCACGCCAUCAUUUGUCCAACGGUGAUCUUCAUCCUCCCCCUAAUGGGAAAGACAGACCCUAUCUCAAUUGGACCUAUGCAGAAUUGAGGGACAAGGCGGAGCGAGUAGCCGAGACGUUGGAGAGCCUGGGCUGCCGACCUGGAAUGCGGCUGGCCGUUGUGCUUAGUAACUGUGCUGAAUGGGCCUUGUUCUUCUGGGCGGCAGCCAAGCUGCGUAUGGUCUUUGUCCCCAUUGAUCCAACGGUUCCUAGAGAUGCAAGAGCUGCAAUCCUAUCCGUCAAGGCGAAGGUGGUGGUGGCACAAGAUGCAGAGGCUGCAAAGGCGCUCGAUCUUCCCACAGAGUCGAGGAUCUGUAUAAUACCACCCAAGACGACGACGCAGCGUUGA